CUCACACACACACACACACACCUCCUCUACCUUGUCUAACGUCUUCCAUUACUUCAGCUUGUUUGUGAAUCUCUUUUUCUGUAGAUGCCGCACAACCUGUGAUAUCACUCCAUAAAAGCUUUGUCACAGACUGAUGACCCCGUCCAGGGGUGGCGCUGUGGAGCAAUAAUGAAGACAGGCUCACAGAUUCACUUGUUACUGUGGAAAAACUGGACUCUCCGCAAGAGACAGAAGAUUCGCUUCGUGGUGGAGAUCUUCUGGCCAGUGUUGUUAUUUAUUGGUCUGGUGUGGCUGAGGCGAGCCAACCCUCUGUACCAACAACAUGAGUGUCAUUUUCCUAACAAGGCCAUGCCCUCGGCAGGAAUUCUGCCCUGGGUCCAGGGCAUCUUCUGCAACGUCAACAACCCCUGCUUCAGACAUCCCACGAGAGGAGAGUCUCCGGGAGUCGUCUCCAAUUACAACAACUCUGUAUUGGCACGGUUCUAUGUUGACGUCCAGGAGCUUCUGCUCAAUGAGUCAGAGGUGCAGCAGCUUGGCCGACUUUGGAAUGAAAUGUCCUCGUUCUCCAAAUUGAUGGACACUUUAAGAAAGAACCCGUCUGUGGUGUCAGGCCGUGGGCUCAAGAUCGAUGACAUCCUGAAGGAUGAUGAGGUUCUCACAGCCUUCCUGCUGCGAGACGGCAGCCUCUCAGAAUCGACAGUCUACCAACUCGUCAAUGCAGAAAUCAGACUGGAGCAGUUUGCCUCCGGCAUCCCAGACCUGCAGCUAAAAGACAUCGCGUGCAGUCAGGCUCUGCUGGAGCGCUUCAUCAUCUUCCCCAGCCGCAUGGGCCUCCACGUCGUCCGCAACGCCAUGUGUGCCCUCAGCCAGCAGAAGCUGCAGAGGAUAGAGGACGUCCUCUACGACAACAUGGACUUCUUCAAGAUCUUCAGAAGGAUGCCACAGGUUCUGGACAGCAGGUCUCAGGGGAUUGACCUGCACUUUUGGGCUGGAGUUCUGAAGGCCGUGUCAGAGAAGGUCCAGCUCCUGAUGGAGCGACAGAGCUCUCAGGAGCUCCUGCAGGCAGUUUCCUCUCUGUUUCAAGCCGGAGGUCCUUCCUCCUUCACCCAGCUGAUGUCCAGCGUGUCCGGCCUCUUCUGUGGAUACCCAGAGGGAGGCGGCUCCAGGGUUCUGUCCUUCAACUGGUACGAGGACAACAACUACAAGGUGUUUCUGGGCGUCAACGGCACCAAGAGCCACAACUAUGUCUACGAUGAGUCUGCGACUCCAUUUUGCAACUCCCUCAUGGAAACCCUGGAGUCCAACCCCAUCACAAAAAUUGUAUGGAAUUCAGUCAAGCCCCUGCUGAUGGGAAAGAUCCUGUACACGCCAGACUCCCCUGCUGUCCACAAGAUAUUAAAAAGCGCCAACACGACCUUUGAGCAGCUGGAGCGGCUCCAGAACAUGGCCAAGGCCUGGGAGGAGGUGGGACCUCAGCUGUGGGCGUUCUUCCACGACAGCGUCCAGAUGAAUAUGAUCAGGGACACCCUGAGGAACCCAACAGUGAUGCACUUCAUGGACAACAGUCUGAGUGACACUGAUUUUACCACCAAACACAUCCUGAACUUCCUGUUCAACGGUCCAGAAGACGAGCACGAGACGGGAAUGCCCACAUUUGACUGGAGGAACAUUUUUAACAUCACUGACCAAAUCAUACGGACGUUCAACCAAUAUGGAGAGUGCAUCAGUCUGGACAAGUUUGUGGCUCACACAGACGAGUCCCAGAUGAUCCACCAGGCCUUGCACCUGCUGGAGAAGAACAAGUUUUGGGCUGGUGUUGUUUUCAUGGACAUGUAUCCCUGGACCACAAGUGUCCCGCCACACGUCAGGUACAAGAUCCGCAUGGACAUCGACGCAGUGGAGCGCACCAACAAGAUUAAAGACAGGUACUGGGACCCCGGCCCCAGAGCUGACCCCAUGGAGGACCAGAGGUACCUGUGGGGGGGCUUUGCCUACCUGCAGGACAUGAUCGAACACGGCAUCAUCAAGAUUCACACGGGCAGGGACUGGCCACUCGGGGUCUACGUCCAGCAGAUGCCUUAUCCAUGUUACGUGGAUGACCUCUUCAUGAUCACACUGAACCGCUGCUUCCCCAUGUUCAUGGUCUUGGCCUGGAUCUACUCCGUGUCCAUGACGGUGAAGAGCAUCGUGCUGGAGAAGGAGCUGCGCCUCAGGGAGACCCUCAAGGCCAUGGGGGUGGACGGCAGGGCCAUCUGGGCCACGUGGUUCAUUGACAGCUUCAUCAUGAUGACAGCGAGCACAGCACUGCUCACCUCCAUCAUCAUGGGUGGGAAGGUGCUGAAUUACAGUGACCCCGUCCUGGUUUUCCUCUUCCUGCUGACGUUCACUGUCACCACCAUCAUGCAGUGUUUCCUGAUGAGCGUCUUCUUCAACAAGGCCAAUCUGGCAGCUGCAUGCAGCGGCAUCAUCUACUUCACCCUCUACCUGCCUCACAUCCUGUGCUUUGCGUGGCAGGACCGCGUUACAACAAACAUGAAGCUGGCUGCUAGCUUGUUGUCUCCAGUGGCUUUUGGCUUCGGGACAGAAUACCUGUCACGCUACGAGGAGCAGGGUCUGGGUCUGCAGUGGGACAACAUCCAGACCAGCCCGUUAGAGAAAGACACUUACUCCUUCCUCACCUCCAUCCUCAUGAUGAUGUUUGACGCUGUUCUCUAUGCUGUGCUGGCCUGGUAUCUGGACAACGUCUUCCCAGGACAGUACGGCAUCGGUCAGAAAUUCUACUUCCCCUUUCAGCCGUCGUACUGGCACAGAUCUGCUCCGUCUCACACCAAAAUGGCUGAACCAGAUCCUGAGAAACUCGAGCCACAGAACGUGGAGAAGGACGCUGAGCGCAGGGCCACACCAGAGACGUACACCUGCAACGGCCCAGGCAGCAGGAAACACACCUGCAAACACCAGGAGAAGAGGGAGCAACUGGAGAGAGAGAAGGAGCUGCAGAGAAAACAACAACAACAACAACAACAGGAAAGUCCACAUCAGGAUGAGGAGCAGUGUCAGGACUCUGGGAAGGAAGGUCAGUUGUUCUAUGAGCCCGAGCCCGUGGGUCUGACGAUGGGAGUUCAGAUCCAGGACCUGGUCCAAACGUAUGAGGGAAGCUCUCGUCCAGCGGUGAACGGCCUCAACCUGAAUUUCUAUGAAGGUCAGAUCACCUCCUUCCUCGGUCACAACGGCGCCGGAAAAACCACGACCAUGUCCGUCCUGACUGGACUGUUUCCUCCGACAUCUGGCACAGCCUUCAUCUAUGGACGAGACAUUAGGACGGACAUGGACGUGGUCCGCUCCUCUCUGGGCAUGUGUCCACAGUACAACAUCCUCUUCAAACAUCUCACAGUGGAGGAGCACAUCCUGUUCUACUCCCUGCUGAAGGGUCGCACCCAGGAGGAGGCAGAGCAGGAGGUGGAGGACAUGCUGGAGGACCUGGGGCUGCCUCACAAGAGAGACGACGAGGCUCAGAACCUCUCAGGAGGAAUGCAGAGGAAACUGUCUGUUGCCAUGGCGUUUGUCGGAGGGUCAAAGGUCGUCAUCCUGGACGAGCCCACCUCGGGAGUAGACCCGUAUUCCAGGAGAUCAAUUUGGGAUCUUCUACUGAAGUACAGAAACGACCGCACAGUGAUUCUGUCCACGCAUCACAUGGAUGAGGCCGACCUGCUGAGUGACCGCAUCGCCAUCCUCUCCAAGGGACAUCUGCACUGCUGUGGAUCCCCGCUCUUCCUCAAGAACUGUUUCGGGGUGGGUUUCUAUCUGACUUUGGUGCGACGCAUGAAGGACCUGAAGAAGAAGGAGAAUGACUGUGAUUGUGCCUCCGACUGCUCCUGCGCCUGCUCCAUAUGCACCAGAUACAAAGACCAGUCCCAGAACCAGAACCAGAACCAGCAUCCCGACAGAGUCCUGGACGGGGACAUAGACAACAUCACCAGCCUCAUUCACUACCAUGUCCCAGACGCUAAACUGAUUGAGACCAUUGGACAGGAGCUGACCUACCUGCUCCCCAAUAAAGGAUUCAAGCAUCGGGCGUAUGCUAGUCUGUUCAGGGAGUUGGAGGAAACUCUCUCUGAUUUGGGCCUCAGCAGCUUUGGCAUCUCAGAUACUUCAUUAGAGGAGAUUUUCAUAAAGGUCACUGCAGAUGGAGAAGCAGAGAAUAAUGCCACCACUCCUGAGCAUAACGGUGUGAAUGGUGCAUCAGACAGCAGUGCAGGAAAGGGCUCCGUGCAGGUGAAAGGUGGCGCUCUGGUGUUGAAGCAGUUCCAUGCACUGCUGGUGAAGAGGUUCCACCACGCCACGAGAAGCAAGAAAGACUUCCUGGCUCAGAUCGUCCUCCCUGCCAGUUUCAUCCUGAUCGCUCUGGUCUUCACCACGAUUGUCCCUCCUUUUGGGGAAUAUCCCAGUCUCACUUUGACACCAUGGAUGUACGGACAGCAGCUCUUCUUCUUCAGUAACGAGCGACCUUUUGACCCUAAAAUGAAACACUUCACAGAGUCGCUGUUGGGCCGACCGGGCCUGGGGACUCGCUGCAUGGAGGGAGAACCACUGGGAAUGCCCUGCAGUAACGGCACAUCAGAGUGGCUGUAUCCUGACGUCUCCCCCGUGGUCAGCAACAUCUUACAGAGUCCUGAGUGGAACCAGAGGAACCCGUCACCGUCCUGUCUUUGCAGCACCGGUAACAAGUUGACCAUGAUGCCGGUGUGUCCGGCCGGCGCCGGAGGACGUCCUCCUCGCCAGAGGACUGAAGCCACGGGAGACACAAUUCUGGAUCUGACAGACCGCAACAUCUCGGACUACCUGGUGAAGACCUACCCCAGUCUCAUCAGAACCAGUUUGAAGAGCAAAUACUGGGUGAAUGAACAGAGAUAUGGAGGUUUGUCAGUUGGAGGACAGCUGCCCGUCCUGACCCUGAACCCCCGAGACGUCCACAACGUUCUCCAUCAGCUGGGACAGAUGCUCAACAUCACAGGGGGCCCCUCCUCAGAACUGGCCCUGAGAGCGUUUGGUCCUUUCUUGCGAUACAUGGAAAGUGAAUUUAAUAUAAAGGUUUGGUAUAAUAACAAAGGCUGGCACGCCAUGGUGGCCUUCAUGAAUGUGGCCAAUAAUGCCAUCCUGCGAGCCUUCCUACCCCCACCUGCCAAUCCUGUGGCGUUUGGCAUCACCGGCUUCAACCACCCUCUGAACCUCACCAAGGAGCAGCUCUCUGAAGUCACCGUGUUGACCACCUCAGUGGACACCGUGGUGGCGAUCUGUGUCAUUUUUGCGAUGUCCUUCAUCCCCGCCAGCUUCGUCCUCUACCUCAUCCAGGAGCGCGUCACCAAGGCCAAGCACCUGCAGUUUGUCAGUGGGGUCAGCCCUCUGGUUUACUGGGUGGCCAACUUCUUCUGGGAUAUGAUGAAUUAUUGUCUCAGCACUGCAAUGGUGGUCGGCAUUUUUGUGGCUUUUGACAAGAAGUGUUACACGUCAACAUCCAACCUGCCAGCGCUCAUUGCACUGCUUCUCCUCUAUGGAUGGUCAGUGACGCCCAUGAUGUAUCCUCUGUCCUACGUCUUCAACAUCCCAAGUACAGCGUACAUCACUCUGUCCUGCAUCAACCUGUUCAUAGGCAUCAACAGCAGCGCCGUCACCUUUGUCCUGGAGCUUUUUGAAAACAAUCGGUCUUUGCUGAUGAUCAACGAGUGGCUGAAGAAACUCCUGCUGGUGUUUCCUCACUUCUGUCUGGGUCGAGGACUCAUAGACAUGGCCAUGAACCAGGCUGUUACUGACGUUUAUGCCAGGUUUGGUGAGGCGUACACAGCAGACCCUUUCCUGUGGAACUUUGUGGGGAAAAACCUGACUUUCAUGGCAGUGGAAGGCUUUGUCUACUUCAUUCUCAAUCUUCUCAUCCAGUACCGUUUCUUCUCAGGCCUCUGGUCGUCACACGACAACCAGACUCACAUUCAAGAUGAAGACGAUGAUGUGGCCACAGAGAGGCAGAGAAUUCUUGACGGAGGGAGCAAAACAGACAUCCUGCAGAUCAGAGACCUGUCCAAGACGUAUGUGGGCAGGAAGAGGGCAGCUGUGGACCGGGUUUGUGUGGGAGUCCCUGCAGGAGAGUGCUUCGGACUCUUGGGAGUUAAUGGAGCCGGAAAGACGACGACCUUCAAAAUGCUGACUGGCGACACUGAUGUUGGCUCCGGGGAGGCAACUGUCGCUGGUUACAGCAUCCUGACAGAGAUUCUCCACGUACACCAGAACAUGGGCUACUGCCCUCAGUUCGAUGCCAUCGAUGAGCUCCUCACCGGCAGGGAGCAUCUCUACCUCUAUGCUCGUCUCAGAGGAGUUCCUGAGUCUGAGAUUCCCAGAGUGGCAGAGUGGGGCAUCCAGAAGCUGGGGCUCACAGAGUAUGCUGGCUGCUGCGCGGGAACCUACAGUGGAGGCAACAAACGUAAACUCUCCACAGCGAUCGCAAUGAUUGGCUGUCCAGCUCUGGUGCUGCUGGACGAGCCCACGACGGGCAUGGACCCACACUCACGUCGCUUCCUGUGGAAUGCCAUCAUGAGUGUCAUUCAGGACGGCCGGGCCGUGGUGCUGACGUCACACAGCAUGGAGGAGUGUGAGGCUCUCUGUACCCGACUGGCUAUCAUGGUUAAUGGGACUUUCAAGUGUUUGGGGACAAUUCAGCAUCUCAAAUACAAAUUUGGUGAUGGCUACAUAGUGACCAUGAAAAUCAAGGCAGCUAAAGUCGGCUCGUCCCCGGAGCUGCAGCCUGUGGAGAGUUUUAUGGAGAGCAGUUUCCCUGGCUGUGUUCAGCGGGAGAAGCACUACAACACGCUGCAGUAUGAGAUCGCCUCCUCCUCCCUCGCCAGGAUAUUUCAGCUGGUGGUGGCCAACAAAGAGAGGCUGAGCGUGGAGCACUACUCUGUCUCACAGACAACACUAGACCAGGUGUUUGUCAACUUUGCCAAGCAACAGACAGCGGAGGACGAGGAUGUUGCGUUGUGUAGACGAGGAGGAAGGAAGGACGUCAAGAUUUCACCAGCGAAGAGGAAAACCUAAGACACAUAAAUGCACCUAAACACACAUGUGUAAAUCAGUUAACUUGAGCCUGACACGUGCUAUCUUAACUUGAAUUCCUCAUCUGAAAAAUGGGAAAGGGAAUAUUACUAUUCAUACAUGUAUGAAUAUGUACAUAUUGUAUGUUGUUAAAUGAAUAAUUAAGCACCUUAGCAGUAUUAACUUUGUUCAACAUUUUAUUAUCAGUGUUUAAUGUUACAAUCCAAAACACGUGCUUUCAUUUGUUGUAAAGGUUAAGUAUUUAUUUAUCUGUCUGCCAUGUUUCAUACAUCGCCAUCUGUGUCAGUACAAAUGCUUCCUCUUAAAGGAUUACACUGAUGAAUGGAGCUGUAAAUAAAAAGAGAAAUUCUGUUUUGUAUCCGGCAAAAUAAACUUUCAACAUGCUUUCUA